AUGUAUAGAGAAAAAUCAUUAAAUUAAAAACUCUAAGAUCAAGAAAAAGAUUAUUAGUAGUUGUUUGAAUAUUAAUUAUAUGCUCAAUUUAAACAGAAAGAUUGGUGCCAAUCAAUGGCUUUUACAAAAGGAAAUUAAUUAUUGAUAAUUUAAUGUAAAACAUUUAUUAAAGUAUUAUCUAUCCUUUAAGGAUAAAUUAAUCAAAUAAAAAUUUUAUCAAGUCAUAAAACAUAUCUUACAACAAUAACUAUAUUGUAAAAAAUCAAUUUACUUAUAUCGACCAGCUAAGAAGGAUAUAUCCAUAUUUGGUCAUUAAUUCCUAUUGCAAAACCAAUCAUAAUCAAAAAAUUUGAUACUACUUCUUCAUAUGUUAGUUGUUUAAUAAAUAAUGAAAGCUGUGAUCUUAUUAUAACAGGAAAUAAUAAUAUUAUAAACUUUUGGAAGAAUCCUAUGAAAUGGUUUCUCAUUUAAUCAAUUAAUGAUCAUGCAGGAGCUGUAUGGGCAUUAAGUUUGAAUUAGAAUGAAAAUAAACUUAUAUCUUGUGGAUGGGAUAAAAUGAUUUUAAUUAUUGUAAAAUAAAGUGAUGAAAAUUGGAUUGUUACAUAAAAAGUUUUUGUUUAAUAAUAUGGAUAUCGAAUAUGUUUUCUUGAUAAUGAUUAGUUUUUGUAUCAACCUAGAUAUAAAAAAGCAAUAAUACUUUAUUAAAUCUUAGAUAAUGGUUGUUAAGUGGAGAAAGUUAAAGAAAUUGAAUUAACUUAAACAUCAAAAGACUGUAAUGCAUUUUUUCCAAUGUAGUUUGAAAAAUAAAAAAAAAUAAUUUUGAAUAAAAAUGGUGAUACAAUAAUUAUAUUAAAAGUAAUAGGAUAAGGAUAAAUAUAAAUUAUGUAAUUUAUUUAUUUCGAAUCUUAUAAUAUUUUUGGGAAGAUGAGUGAGGAUGGUUAAUUAUUAGCUAUUUGGGAUGAAAGUAAAAAGAAUUUAUAGAUAAGAAAACUUUAAUAUUAUUCAUUAGAAUGA